CCAGCCCACUCGUCAUCGACCAACAAACUGCUUUUCGAUCUGAUUUUCUUUGCGAGAUAGUAACGACAUCAGUUACAACACAUUUCGGCAUUGACAAGUACUGAACGCGAAUAUCCCCGCGUGAAAUGUGACAGCAACCAAACUCGACAAUAUACACCACAAACCAGCCGAUACUGGUGUUCUCCUUCUCCAGAUACACACCAGCCAGACGCUCGGGAUUUUUCAUCACAAUUCUCCAAUGCCGCCAGCAAAAGCACGAAAUGGCCACGGCCAUGACGACAAGAAUGAUAGCACAAGUCAUGGCAAUAGCAAGGACAAGGACACGUCCAACGGGGCUCAGGGCAAUCACCAAGUGAACGGUUCCGGAGGGGCCAAAAUGCGUAGGGUUGCCAGCGCCGCCGGUUCCAAUUUGCGCGAGUCCGUCACGGCCGACGCGGCCGCAAAUCUUGCAGCACAAUCUCUCACCAAGACCGCAAACUCUGCGUCCAAUCCUGUGGCGCAAGAUCCGAGCGCUGCAGGCGGCGUGCUUCAGUGGUCUUCAGUUGACAGGCCGUUUCUCCAAAAAUAUCGGCGGGUUCAUCGGCUGUCCACCCCUACCUCGUUCCUCACCGACUACCACCAAUGGGUCAUUGGAAGGCCAGGCAGCAUCGGACUGCAGUCACCGACGAUGCGGCGGACCAAGACUUUCCGACGCCAAAGCCGAGACGACUUGGCGGGCGUCUUGAAGAAGCAUUACAACAGUCAGGCAAUACAAGAAAAUGACGUGCUCGUCGAUUUCGUUCACAAAGUCGCAACGACAGCGUCUCUACCGGUCGGCGGCAUACCGAAGCCAACAAGAACACGCAAGAAGACCUGAACUGUACGACUAUAACACACUUGUAAUGACUAUAUACUUAUGAAUAAUGAUCGACUACCUGGGCGUUAGGUGUGGACAUAGCAUAUCAUUGUGGGAAGCAUAUCGAGACGGCAAGGAUUGGAUGCGCACAUCCAGACAUAAGGUACUUGUUGUGACGAUAAGGGCACAGUGUCCAGAUGCCGAUACACAUUUCUCUUUCCUAUUCUUCUUGUUUGUUUUCUUUCUUCCCUCACGCCACAUACAUGAGUUUCUAAGGGAAAGCAAAUAACGUCUAUAUUUAUUUUUCAAACACGUAAAUAGCUACACGAAUCAUUGUCCGAGAAACGGGCCACACAAUAUUUUCCCCACUUGCGAUCUCUUGGGUUCAUGGAAAGUAUAUCUUCCCAUAGGAAACGUCGUUACCGCCUUUCCGUCCUCGCCCGCCACGCUGAUUGUCUUUCCUGCUGUGUCGAGAAUUUGGCAACGCGAGUCGGGUCGAAGGGCGUCACCAACCUCCAUCGUUACCUUGCUGUACUCCUGUUUUGCGCUGGAGCCCCGCGUACGGGCUUUUUUUACCAUUCCAACUGCGGUAGCCUUUAGACCUGAUAGCACCCCCUUCGGAGGGCCGCCCGGCUCCGCCGUUGAGUCGUUCGAGCGCUUUGGUGGGAGUGGGAAUACCGACAUAGGGCCAAAGCCAAUGUUCUGGGAUUCAAAACCACCAUUGGGCGGCUGAGGGACUUUUUCAGCAACUCCAGUAUAGUUUUGCGACAGCUCUGUGUAGGACUGAAUCUCCUGAGCGGUCGUCAUGUUGCCCCCAGCUUUGGCCGGUUUGUCCUCCAGCGUGACAUGGUAGGCUUGAGAAGUUCCAUCAAAUCCCUGAAAUAGAUCGAGGCUACAGGUUACGUUGCUCACUUCUCGUGUCCCCCACGCGAAGAAGAAUGAUGCCGCUCCUAUUCUUGCUGGUUUUUCAGUUGCAUUUUUAGUGGUUCCAUAUAGAGGGAAACUAGGCGAUUCGAUAUUAGUACUGCUUCGGGUAUUUUCCAUUCCGCGAUCAGAUGGAUCAGGCGACAAAGCGAUCUUGCGGCCCUUGUCAUCGAACAAAAAACAGCUGACUUGAUAGCUAUAUGCCUGCGCGAGGGCCUUUUCAAUCAUACCACGCGCAUCAGUUAUGGCGUCAGAAAUGCGCUUGUCGUUGCCUGUAUAUUUGUCACCGAAGCCGAGUUCGAAUGUGACUGUGUUGUAAGGUCCCGACUGGGCGGGUUUGCUACUUGUGGGUAUCGAUUCGUAAGCCGUCCCUCCCUGCAGUUCAAUCGUUUUUUGCCCUAUCAGGCUGAGGGACAGAUUGGUGGUGCUUGGACCAGUGAAGCGAGAUUUCUUGGUGUUAAUUCUGGAUAAGACUACUUUUAUAGUCCACGGGUGCUCCUUUGUGGGCUCCGACUUGGGGAAGAUGAGUUCGAACGGCUGUGAUGAAACAUUUGCGGAAAGCUUGGUAGAAUUGUUGGUGGAAGAUGCAGCUGCAAGCCCGCAGGCCGCAAUUGCAAAAAGAAGGGCUUGUUUCAUUGGGUAUUGAUUGUGAUUGAUCAAAAGAUGAUGGAGUGAGUAUAUAUCAAGGAGGCAAAGAUGAGGUACACAAGACAAGAGACAAAUUGACUGAUUGUUAAUGUAUGAUGGAUGUCUUGAGAGUUUAUUAAAUAUC